AUGCGGGAGAUCAACCAGGUCUUUGCCUAUCGCCUGCCGCAGACCGCGCUCUUCUACUCCCUGGCCGGGGCUUCCCUGGGGCUGUUCACGGUCUCCUACUUCACAUCCUUCAUGCUGCUGGAGGAUCAGGGACCCAAGAGGGUGGUGGAUAUCGGCUUCCUCAUCUCCAAAGGCGUCAAUGUCUACAUGGGCCGCACCAUCCCCAUCAUUCUGGCCUUGCUCUUCCUGGGAGGCUGGUACGUCAUGGGCACAGCGGGCCCUCGGGCGGUCGCCUGCUUCGCCGUCGGCGCGGCGCUGAACCUCCUGAGCGCCCAGGUCGGUGUCAGCGUGACUGUGCAGGGGCAGACGCGUCUGGCACACGCGCUGGGUCUGGAGCUCUUCGACGCCCUGCAGAUCGGGAUCAGGACUGGCUCGAUCGGAGGGCUGCUGGCGACGUCCCUGGCCCUUGGAGGCAUGGCUGGCAUGUGGCUGCUCAUCCAGGACACUCUGUCUUUGUCUGGCUUUGGCUCGGGGGCUUCGAUUGUGUCGUUCUCCAUGCGCGUGGGCGGCGGCAUCUUCUCGAAAGGAGCCGACAUAGGUGCAGAUCUCGUCAGCGACAUGGAGCAGAACCGGAUGGAAGAAGACCAACGCCUCUUCGAGCUUCAGAAGAAGAUGGCGGAACUGGAGGAAGAUCGGAAACAGCGAGCCAAACAAGGACUGGAAGGCGACGACGAAGACAUGAUGGCCGACCUGCGACGGAUGGAGGAAGAGAUGCAAGACAUCGCUUCGCAGCUUCACCCCAUCGACUACUUCGACGUAGUUGGAGAGGCCAUCAACGACGUCUCCGGAACCUGUGCCGACCUCUUCGAAUCCAUGGUGCUGAUCCUGGGCACCUGCACCAUCAUCGGGGUCAAGGGCAGCCCGGUUCCCUCCUUCAACUCGGGCCUUCCCUUCUGGAUCAUCGCCUCCGGCAAGGUGGGCUGCUCCUUGGUGGCUUACUUCGUCCACGUCCACGAGCGCUUCACGGCGCAGCGGAUGAGGUGGAGCCUCCGGGCUAACCUCCUGCUCGUCAUCGGCUUGGUGCAGCUGGUACAGAUUCUCGUGAGCUUUCAGGAGUAUCUGGUGGGGACGAUCUCAUUCGACCGCUUCUGGCACUUUUGCAUCAUCUCGCUGAUGGGCCAAGUCAUCCCGGAGGUUUGCGUCCUUUUGGGCGAGUAUUUCACCUCCACCGACUACUCACCCGUGCGAUCUCUGGCGAUGAAUGCAGACCUUGGGAUUGUACAGGUCGUCCUCCAAGGUUUCGGCCAGGGCUUCUUCUCGACAGGCCUGCCAGCGGUGGUCAUCAUCACCUGCGUGGUGGCCACGUGGCGGCUGGAGCAGCACUAUGGCUUGGCGCUCUUGAGCGCAUCUUCGGUCAGUGGCACGGGCUUCCAGGGUGGGAUCGCAUCCUUUGGCGCGAUCGCCACCAAUGCCCACAAGAUCAUCCAUCUCACCACCUACCACGCGAUGAGCCGCCAUCGGGCCAACAUCUGCGCAGCCUUGGGCGAUACGACCGCCCAUGCGGGGAACACCAUCUCUGCGGUGAAUGCUUUCAGUGCCGUCUUCAACAUCGCGUUGACACUACUGGCACAGACGUACACAGAGUUGGACAUCAACUACAUGAACGUCACUGGCUCCAUCCUAUCCAGCUUCAGCCAAGCCGGGCUGGUGCUGGGCGUGGUGAUGACCUUUGCCUUCGCGGCCAACACCAUGAUCUCAUGCCUGUCGACCGCACAGGCCUUUGCCAAGUACGUCACCCAGCACGACAUCGGGAAGAUCUCCCAGCUACCUUUUCCCCAGUCGCAUGUUCGACCGCUGAAGAAGCUCGCGUCCUUUGGGACGAUCACUUCCAUGAGGAUGACCAUCUCUCCGAUCAUCAACUCACUGGCCUGUCCGAUGAUCGGCGGCUUCUUUCUCGGAGUGAAAGGGCUACUCUUCAUGCUCUCCGGCUCGAACGUGCUGGUGCUGUGCCUGAGCAUCUUCUUGAUCAACUCGGGGCAGUCGUGGGUCGCAGCCAGGAAGUUUGUGCUGUUUGGCCUGCUGCGCGACAAGGAUGGCAAUGUCAUAGGCCCGGACUCUCCGCACUAUGCCAACCUGGGCAUUGGGGAGACGAUAGGUGGACCAUUCGAGGAUACCACCGGUCCGGCCAUGAACAACUUCAUCAAGUUUGUGGCGGUGUUCGCUUUCGUGACCGGUGGCCCCGGGAGGCUGUAUGAUGAGCUCCCCGACAACACGUGGCCAUAUGGCUUCGCGUCGGUGGUCGGUUCGGUCUCCCUGGUCUUCUUCUCACGAGUCGGCCUGGACCUCCUCUUGCGGGGUGUCGGAUCGGUGCUGCGCAGCCGACGGAAGAUGCAAGCCUACGAGGAAGGGGAGGGGCUGCCACAAGAAGACGACGAUGACGAUGACUUCGACGCAGAUUUCCAUGGAGCGUGCAUACCAGUGAAGGGGGGAAGCUACGUCUUCAAUUUGAAAGUGUCGGCCGUGCACGAGAACAUCCGGCUGCGGCUGAAGAACGCGCGGGAGAUUGCAAAACAGCGAUCCGCUGGGAUAGGAUCGAACUUGGAGCAAUCCGCACUCCAGGUCAGGAUUGAUGUGGUCGAUGGCUCCAUUGAUCCAUCGCUCGUGACGCCUGAUCUGAUGUCACAAGUGUACCUGUCCUGCUACGUGCCGACCCAGCUCAAGCACGGCAACGUGGAUCUCUGCGAUGACGAGUACAGUUGUGACUUGAGCGAGAAGUUCUUCAGAUUGCUGGGUGAGCGGCUUCCACACCGAAUGCUUCUCGUGCUGGCGCGCAACACGAAGAAGGGAGAUGAGGUGAUGGGUGGUUCGAUGUGCUUCAUCAAAGAUGGCCACAUCUUUGGCAGAUACUGGGGGUUCAGCAAUCCCGAGAAGGCGCCGUUUCUGCACUUCGAGUGCUGCUACUAUGCCGUGACGCCCUCAGGGGUACGCCCCAGGUUCAGCGGAGGAGGGGCUUUGAGCCUGCAGGGAGCCUCGGCCUUCUGCGUUGUGGAGCUUCUCGCGCACGGGAUUUUUGCCCACUCGACCUUGGCUCAGGCCCAGAGACACUCCGCCUACACGCCGAGGUCGUUCGGGCGUGGCAACAGCGCAACAUCGCCCCUCGUCGUAAUUCGUCGCAGCUGGCAGAAGCCAACAGCCUGCGAUUUUCUCAGCCGCCAUCCGGCGUCCCUCUGUCUGCGCCAGCGCCUCACCUGCUUUGCAGUACAUAUGGGCCUGCUCGUCUCGGCGUGCCUGGGCUGCAAGUUGUUCCGAGGAAUAUUUUGUAAAGAGGCAUAUCAGGGGCAAGAUGAUUAUGGCACCCUGCCCACGUUCGAACACUCCAAGCUGGUGGAAGUGAGCAUCCUCCACGGCACUUCGACGCUGCAAGACAAGUACGACAUCGUAAAGCAGAUUGGCACUGGCACGCAAGGAAAGACUUUCCUGGUCAGGCAGAAGAAGGAUCCGAAGGACACAUCUGCCUGCCCAUUCUAUGUGGUCAAAGAAACGCAUGACAAGAAUCCGGAUGCCCGCGCAGAACUGGAGCAGGAGUUCGAGCGCAUGAAAUGUCUGAUUCAUCCCAACAUCACCAAGGUGGCUGAGUUGGUGAAGGGGCAAGUGCCCGAGGAUGGCACCUGGAAGGACUGCCUGUAUGUGGUUUACGAGCAUGCCGUGGGGGGCGACCUCUUCAACUACAUGCAGCGCAUGAUUCGGUCUGACCAGGCCAACUCCAUCACUGAAGCCUGGGUCGCGCAGGUGUUCCGCCACGUGGUGCUGGGAGUCUCCUAUCUUCACAGCGAAGGGAUCGUUCACAACGACCUCAAGCCCGAGAACCUCCUGUGCAUGCAAGCGUUCGAUCCACAGCAGCCUGGUCAAGUCCCCUGGAUCACGAUCACGGAUUUCGGAUGCGCCAAGGUCAAGGGUGAAAGAGAUUUCUGCUCUGGCGAUCCGAGAUAUCAGUCGCCCGAGACGUUCAAGGCCCUCUUGGCGUCGCUGAGGGGCAAAACGACCUUAGGCCUUGCUGGUGAGAUCGGCUAUCCGGCAGACAUAUGGUCACUGGGAGUCACACUCUUUGAGCUUCUCAGUGGAGGCAUCAUACCCUUUCUCUACGAAGCAGUUCGGCUAGAAGACGUGACCAACUACCCCGACCAGUGGGAGAAGCUCAAGAAGGGUGUGCUUGAGGAGGAGCUACAGGUGCAGCCGCAUUUGGAAGGCAUCUCGGAAUUUGCCAGGGAGCUCCUGAUGAACAUGCUGAACAAGGAGCCGAGCUGCAGGCCGACAGCCUCCCAGAUGCUCAAGGACCAGUGGUUUGUGACGACUCCGAGCUACAGCCGCGGGAUCAGCAAGCAAGCUCUGUCAAUGCUGGAAUUCAAGAAGAGCAAGGGCAUGGCGCACAUGAUCCUGCUCAACGCGCUGGCGACAAAGCUGCAGCGCGACCACUACGCGGAAAGCUGGAAGGUCUUCCAGAACGUGGAUUCUGACCACAAUGGAAGCAUCUCUGUCGAAGAAUUCCGUGCUGCUUGCGCCCAGCUCGACAUGAGCCAGUGGUGUCCGUGCUCACAAGCCUCGCGCAUGGGAGGCCGGCGCACGAGCGUGAGCACCAUAGCGGACACCUUGUUCAACAUCGCAGAUGUUGAUAACGAUGGCAGCCUCAAUUUUCCAGAGUUUGUGGCCGUCACGUUCGACUGGUCCUCCUUGGACAAGCAGGCGCUUCAUCAAACGCUGAAGCGGCUCUUUGACCAAAUGGACAGGAACAAUGACCAGCAGGUCAGCUACGACGAACUGGCGAACAUCUUCCAUGGAGCCUUGAGCGCGGAAGAAGUGAAGCAGGCUUUCUCCAGGAUUGAUCGGCACGAGAACAACUACCUCACAUUUGAAGAGCUGGACACGUUCCUGUUCAGCGCCCUGUCUGCCGAAGACAUGGAGAAGUAUUGCUCGCCAGAGUGCAUCAUCCCAGUGUCCUCCUCUCGGCGGAGUCUUCUUCAUCCUUCCUGGUACAUUCCUCCAAGCCGCCAGGACAAGGAGUCGGCGCAAGCGGCUGCUUCGUACCUGGCUCGCAGUCUUGGCGCCUGCAUGGUGUGGAUGUGCUAUGGCAUGGGGCUGUAG